AUGGACGAAGCUGAACUCAACGCUAUCAGAGAGGCCAGACUCGCAGAGCUCCAGAAAAACUCUGGCCAGCAGUCUGCAAGGCUGGACGAGAAGAUCUCGGUGCUUUCCCAGGUUCUCGAGCCUUCUGCCAGAGAAAGACUUUCUCGUGUGAGAAUCGUACGUCCAGAUAGGGCCGACGCCGUGGAGCAGUACCUUGUCAAAAUGAUCUCGAUGGGGUCUAUUCGCCGGAAGCUUGGCGAGCAGGAUAUAGUGGAGAUUUUGGAUCUGCUUUCUCGUGACGAGAAGAAGGCGCUGUCGAGCCAGAUAGUGUUUGACCGGAAGCAUCUCGACGAUGACGACGACGACGACUUCUUUGAUUAG